AACAAGAUCGACGGCGAAGAAAGGCAAGGCAUUCUCUCUUCCACUUCCACCGGCGAUCAGAGACAUGGAGACGGCGGAGCUGGUUUUUGUCCCGUCGUCGGGAGUGGGACAUCUCGUCUCCACGAUCAAGUUAGUCACUCAGUUUCUCGAUCGUCACCGUCGAUUCAACGCCACCAUUCUCGUCAUGAAAUACCCAUUUACGCCGACGCCCACCGAUGGAAUCUCCGAUCCCCCGCCACCUACCGCCGCCGUUUCUCCCGCCACGCCCCGAAUUCGAGUCGUCCAUCUCCCCCUUCCUCCUGAUCCUCCUUCGCGCCAGAUCUUAUCCCUGUCCUUCGAGAAAUACUACUCUCUCUAUAUGGAGAGCUACAAAACCCUAGUGAAAAAUGCCAUUAUCGACAUUGCCGUCCCGGUCGUGGGCUUGGUUCUCGAUAUAUUUUGUUCUUCCAUGAUCGAUGUGGGUAACGAACUAGGCGUCGAUUCGUACAUCUUCUUCACUUCUGGCGCUGGAUUUCUCGGGUCAAUGUUUCACAUCGAAACCCGCGAUCGACAAAUCGGCGUCGAAUUUGACAAAUCGGAGGCUGAUUCGAUCAUUCCGUAUUUCGCCCACCCUGUUCCGAUGGGGAUUUUGCCUCAGUUUGCGUUUAACGGUGGCGGAGGAUUCAGUUCAAUGGCGCUACACGCUCGAAAGUUCAAGGAAUCUAAAGGAAUCAUCGUCAACACCUUUGCGGAACUCGAACCCUAUACUUUGAGUUCACUCUCUGAAGACGGAAUCCCUCCGAUCUACACGGUGGGGCCGGUGCUGGACCUGGAAAGCGAAAAUCGGCCAACUCCAGAUGAAAAUCAAAGCAAGGAAAUCAGGGUAUGGCUCGAUAAUCAACCGCCGUCGUCGGUGGUGUUCUUGUGCUUCGGUAGUCGGGGAUGUUUCACCCCAGCCCAAGUCAUGGAAGUAGCAAAAGGGCUCGAGAGUAGCGGAGUGAGGUUCCUCUGGUCUCUGCGCCGGCCACCGCCGCCGCACAAGAAGUUCGAAUUACCGUCCGAUUACACCGAUCUUAACGAUGUCUUGCCGGAGGUGUUCCAUGAGAGGGUUAAAGGGAAAGGAAGGGUAUGUGGGUGGGUUCGACAAGUGGAUGUUUUAGCCCACAGAGCCAUUGGUGGGUUCGUUUCGCACUGCGGAUGGAACUCUGUUUUGGAAAGCAUUUGGCACGCCGUGCCGCUCGUGGCUUGGCCGCAGUACGCCGAGCAACAGAUAAACGCCUUCGUGCUUGUUAGAGAAUUAAAAUUAGCGGUGGAGAUGAAGAUCGAUUACCAUAGGGACUGUGGAUAUCUGGUGACUGCCGAUCAGAUCGAGAAAGCUAUUCGAUGUUUAAUGGCGGACGAUGAUGCAGGGAAGGAGGUGAGGAAGAGAAUGAAAGAAAUUAGCCGGAAAAGUAGAAACGCCGUCAUUCAUGGUGGUUCCUCUUACAUUUCAUUUCAGAAUUUGAUUGAUACCAUGUUGGCUUAAUCUGAUCCCAUGAAUCUCUUUGUUUUUGGGUCUGUUUUUACAUGAGAAUCUAUGAAAUAAAGUUAAUUACACA